CAGUGUCUCACCUCUGUACUGUGUCCACCUUGCUCAUUAUAUCUGUCGCUAUUUGGAGAAUACUGAACGUGUCUCUGUUUCUUAACGGAUUUCUAUAAUGUAGCCUACCUCCGCAAAACGCUCGAGACUGAACAGACGGUACUCGUCAGUUGUGUUUGGGAAGUUUAUAUUUUCUUCUGACAGAUGCGCAUUUCUUUUUGAUUGUUUUGGACCUCAAUCGUUGGACCGUGUUGUCGUUUUAAGAUUCGCCAAUACACCGCUCUUCGGUAGGUUUGAUAGUGUCAAUUUUACGCAUUUAACAGGACAGGCUGCGGUGGUCACGGUCACCCUAAAGGAAGGGUCUGUGAGCUGGGAUUCUCUCCUCCACUCCCCCUCACACACACACACACUCCCUCGCAUAGACACUCUGCAGGAUGAGGGAAGCCUGGAGGUGCCUGCUGGGGCUGUGCCUCCUGGCAUGCUCCGCCUCCGCCGCCUCCCAACACGGUGCCGCCAACCCCUUUGCUGGGCAACAGAUGCCCCCAGACCCCUGCUACGACGACGCGGGCGCCGCACGCCGCUGUAUCCCCGAGUUCAUCAAUGCCGCCUUUGGCAAGGAGGUGGCAGUGUCUAGCGUGUGUGGCCGGCCGACACCGUCGCGCUAUUGUAGUGUGGUGGAGCGCGGUGAGGAGCGGCCCUCAGUGCGCACCUGCCAGAUCUGCGAUGCAGCGGACCCGUGGCGUGCCCACCCGCCCUCCUACCUCACCGACCUCAACUCGGCCAACAACCUCACCUGCUGGCAGUCGGAGAACCUGCACACCUCGCCACACAACGUCACCCUCACCCUGUCACUGGGAAAGACGUUUGAAAUCACCUACGUCAGCCUGCAGUUCUGCUCGCCCCGCCCCGAGUCACUGGCCGUCUACAAGAGCAUGGACUACGGCAAGAGCUGGACGCCUUACCAGUACUAUUCGUCCCAGUGCCGGCGCAUGUACAACCGGCCCAACAAGGCGGCCAUCACCAAGCAGAACGAGCAGGAGGCCCUUUGCACCGACGGCCACACUGACCUCUACCCCCUCUCCGGAGGGCUCAUUGCCUUCAGCACUCUGGAUGGGCGGCCCUCCGGGAAGGACUUUGACAACAGCCCUGUGCUCCAAGACUGGGUAUCAGUCACUGACAUCCGCGUGGUCUUCAGCCGGCCCCAGCUGCCCCGCGAUUUAGGGGCAGGAGGAGGGGGGGGGAUAGGCGGGGGAGGCCGGCCGGACGAGGACCCAAUGGUACCGUCCACAUCUCUGCCGGCGUACUUCUACGCGGUGGGGGACUUCCAGGUGGGCGGGAGGUGUAAGUGCAACGGGCACGCCUCACGCUGCCUCAAGGACAAGGAGGGCAAGCUGGUGUGCGACUGCAAGCACAACACAGAGGGGCCCGAGUGCGACCGCUGCAAGCCCUUCCACUACGACCGGCCGUGGCAGAGGGCCAGCGCCCGUGAGGCCAACGAGUGUUUACCGUGUAACUGCAACCUGCACGCCCGCCGCUGCCGCUUCAACAUGGAGCUGUACAAGCUGUCGGGGAGAAAGAGCGGAGGCGUGUGCAUGAACUGUCGCCACAACACAGCUGGACGCCACUGCCACUACUGCAAGGAAGGCUUCUACCGGGAUAUGGCCAGGCCCAUCAUACACCGCCGCGCAUGCAAAGCCUGUGACUGCCACCCGGUGGGUGCGGCAGGGAAGACAUGUAACCAGACGACGGGCCAGUGCCCCUGUAAGGACGGCGUGACGGGCAUCACCUGCAACCGCUGUGCCAAGGGCUACCAGCAGAGCCGCUCGCCCGUGGCCCCCUGCAUCAAGAUCCCAGUGGUGAACCCUACAGCGAUGGUCAGCAGCAGCACAGAGGAACCGGCAGCAGAUUGUGAGUCCUAUUGCAAACCAGUGAAAGGGAAUCUGAAGAUCAACAUGAAGAAAUACUGCAAGAAAGACUAUGCGAUGCAAGUCAAUGUGCUGGACAUGGAGACGGUGGGUGACUGGGCCAAGUUCUCUGUCAACGUGGUGUCUGUCUACAAGAGCCGCGGCGAGCCGCUCAAACGGGGCGACAACAUCCUGUGGAUCCACAUGAAGGACCUGGCCUGCAAGUGUCCCAAAAUCCAGAUGAGCAAGCGCUUCCUGGUUAUGGGCACCAGCGAGACCAGGCCCGGGGGUUCUGGGGCUGGGGGGCCCGGGGCUGGACCAGGGGCCGGAGGGGCCACUGCGGGAGCAGAGCGAAUGGGGCUCCUGGCCGAUAAGAACAGCCUGGUCAUCCAGUGGAGAGACAUUUGGACACGGCGCCUCCGGAAGUUCCAGCGCAAAGAGAAGAACGGCAAGUGCAGCAAAGCAUGAUGGGGGAGAGAGCAGCAUAUCCCAUCCAACCCCCUUGACCCCCACCCAUACUCCUACCCCUCCCACGACCCCUUCCUAGCUCUCGGCUAGUUCACAGGAUAGAACACGACCCCACCCCCAACCACCUAAAAACCCUGAACCCCAAAACAGGGACACUGCACAUUACAGAGACUGCAUGUAUUUUGCCUGUUUAAGGACCACUUUGUGUAAAUUGUAUAAUUAUUUCCUUUUUAUUUUCUGUUUUAAUCAUCGGACUGUCUUUUAUCUAUUGGUCUGCCUUAAAAAGGGACCAUUAAAAGGGUAAGAAAUGUGUAGACGAGCGGCUACCAUUCCCUUUCUCGACAAUGACAGCAAAAAUGUCCACUCUCUCCCCCACUCACACCCCUUCCCCUUCAGACUGCUUUAGUCCCCCCCUCCUGCCACCAUGUUUUAGUGUUUUGAAACGAUCAAAGCUCACAUUUCCGUUCUUUUACCAGGAGUAUCUAUGAAGAUCACAUAAUCAACGAGAGAGAGACUGAUUUUUUAGUGUUGUCGCAAAGUCCCCCAUGCAGGCCGCAACCAAUGAAAAGAAAAACUGCACAACCUCAGCUCGUCUGCCUACUCCGCAACUGUUUCACUGUCUCUAAACCCCCACCUUGCUCUACACAACUGAGAUUACUGGCCUAGAGCGGCCAUUUUGUCUUGUACUCUUAUUCCAAAUGUCCAUACUCUCUGCAGUAGCAUCUCUGGACCAGAACCCACAACGGCUGCAUCCUCGUCCUCAGAGGAUCCUCCUCACCACAACAAGGGCUGUCGCCACAAGGUCCUUCUCCACUGCAAAACCUCACUUUUACCACCACUGCCACUGCAGUAUAUAUAUAACUUCAGACAGAGGCACCUGCUAGACUCUAGUCUACACUCUACAUCUGUUGACAAUGACCCCACCGCUCACUCACUGGUUCUACAGAUCCAGUAAUAGACAGACUGCUUAGACACUGGUUAUCUCUAAACCCUAAUAAUGUUUCUCCUUUAUUCUAUAUUCAUGUAAUUCUGUUCUCAGAUUCCUAUACUUCUACAGACCCCACUGUCUCACUAUUUAAGUGAAGUCCCAGAACCCCACCCCACCAGCCCUCACACCACGAGCAGGAAAUGCAUCACUGUCUGACUCAUAUAUAUUUAUUCAUUUUUUCGAGCGAGACUCCAGCAGAGUGGAAAGUAGCCAGCUUCAGAACAGAACAGAACAAUGCCCUUGUUACUAGGGGAACUUCAAGAGGAUAUUAUGCAUCUUCCAGUGUUUGUUGAUAAAAAGGUCCUGCAGAUGUCAUUGUGUGACCAAUAUUGUUUAUUAUUAUUCUCUGUCUUUUUCUUUUUCUGCCACUUUUGACGAUGUCCAAUGACAGACUGGUGAUCGCUUGCCAAAAGAAGAGCUCAAAACAAAGAGUGCCAUUUCACGAGGAACAGACAAAGGUUGGAUUUAGCUCUACCUUUUCAACUGUAGCUUAUUGACGAAAUGAAUGAGUGCGGAAAGUUCUAGGCUAGAUGUUUUUGUACAUUUGCAUGUUUGUGGUUUUGCUGGUCCGUCCGAUGCGAAGCAAAAAGUUACAAUAAGCAGAGCAAGGAAUUAACUAAUGUUAACAUCACAAUCCAGAGGAAACAUCCUUAGUCAUCUCACCGACAUUUCCCUCUCUUUUUUUGCCAAUAAGUUUUCAAAAUGUAAUCAAGAAAAUGAGAACCAGGGCAGAAACGAAACCACAAGGGAACGUCUGUUUGCUCUUAAUGCUGAUGUUUGUCUUUGUCCUUACUUCAUUUAAAAAUAAUAUUACAAUUUAUUUAAAAAGAGAAUACAACGUAAAGACAUUGUUAAGGGGUCAUGCUAGCUAGCAGUAAUGUCAUGCUAGCGGUUGGUUGGCUGCAGUGCUAUGUUUGGUUUGUCACAUUUCCAAGCCCCUCAGAAGUGUCUCUCCCUCUGUCCUUGUCAGGCCCCUGUUCCUUUCUGUUCUGUAACGUGUGUUUCUGUGUCUUAGAUAAGUGACAGUAGUGGGACAAGGCAGCCAGCCGCAGUCCUUUAGUGGUGUAGGUCUUGUUUUCAUUUUCUGAAAGAAUGUACACUGAGUGUACAAAACAUUAGGAACACGUGCUCUUCCAUGGCAAAGACUGACCAGGUGAAUCUAGGUGAAAGCUAUGCUCCCUUAUUUAUGUAAUUUGUUACAUCCACUUCAGUCAGUGUAGAUGAAGGGCAGGAGACAGGUUAAAGAAGGAUUUUUAAGCCUUGAGACAGUCAA